GAGGAUGAGGGAGAGGAAAUCUAACACCUGUUCAGAUCCAGGUCGGUUUGAAUCGAUUAGCAGAAAGCGGAGAGAAAGGGAAGAUCUGAACCUGUCCUUCUGCUCCGUUCACCGAACUACCGCUCAUUUUGCGGGUUUUUCUCUUCUCAAACAUAACCCGGAUUAAAUUACACAUUCCGCCUUUAAGCUGUCAGCGGGAUUAGAGUUACGCAGGGCCAGCCAGGUCGUGCACCGGAGGGGUUUUACGCACCGUCGCUAUCCAGAGGAAGCUCUACUUCAGGGACGUCCCUCCUUCUCCUCUUCCUCCUCCUCCAGUCCUGACACCGCUUCACUGGGGAGCUGUCCGCGCCGCGCGACAUGGCUGAGAUAGGGAAAGGGGUCACCGCCGGGAAACUGGCCAUCAACGUCCAGAAGAGGCUCACCAGAGCGCAGGAGAAGGUCCUGCAGAAACUGGGUAAAGCCGACGAGACUCGGGACGCUGCCUUCGAAGAGAUGGUGGCCAACUUCAACAAGCAGAUGGCAGAAGGCACCAAAGUGCAGAGAGACCUGAAGGCCUACCAGACAGCAGUGAAGACGAUGCACGACGCGUCGCGCAGGCUGCAGGACUGUCUGGCCGACAUGUACGAACCCGACUGGUUUGGAAAGGAGGAGAUGGACGCUCUGGUGGAGGAGAUGAUAGAGAAGGAGCUGGACUAUAACCUGGAGGACACAGACACACUCUGGUUAGACUAUCACCAGAACAUCACCGACAAAUCUCUGCAGACUAUGGACUCGUACCUCGCUCAGUUCCCAGACAUCAAGGCUCGUAUAGCAAAGCGCGACAGGAAGAUGGUGGACUUCGAUAGCGCCCGGCACCACUUCGCUUCAUUACAGAAAGGAAAGAAGAAGGACGAGGCCAAGAUCGCUAAGCCAGCAGCCCUGUUGGAGAUGGCGGCUCCCAGCUGGGCUCAGGGUUUGAUAUCAGCCCACCAGGUGGCUCAGACUAACCUCUCCUACAACCAGGCGGAGGAAGACCUGGGCAGAGCGCAGAAGAUAUUUGAGGAGCUGAACGUGGAGUUACAGGACGAGCUCCCGGCGCUGUGGGACAGGCGUGUUGGCGUCUAUGUUAACACAUUCCAGAGCCUGGCAGGUCAUCAGGAGAAGUUCCACAAAGAAAUGAGCAAACUCAGCCAAGACCUGAAUGACAUCAUGACCAAACUGGAGGAUCAGCGGCAGCUCAAAAAAGGUGCUACUGCAGCGUCAAAGACCGGAGACGGUGCGAAGAGUGAGGAGGCCAACCAUAGCCAAUCAGCUGCCACAGCACCAAAGGUGGUGCAGAAACCUGGCCCUCCUCCCAGUCGACCUCCACCCAGACUGACGCCAUCCCCGGAUCCAAGAGAGCAGCAUGUCAGUCCACUCGAGGCUGAGCCCUCUGGUCCUGCUGCUAACACAGACUCCAUUAACGCAACGCCACAGCAGUGUGACCCCUGGGCAGGGGUAAACCUGCUGGACUGGGAUGUGGAGGUUUUACAGCCCACUACAUUGCCAGUUCCCAAGGCGCCAUCAUGGGACUCGUGGAGUUCAGUGACCAAUGGCUCUGAUGGUGAACUUCCUCCAGGGUUUCUUUACAAGGUUAAAGCCAUACAUGAGUACACUGCCACUGAUGGUGAUGAGCUGGAGCUACAGAUAGGGGACAUUGUGCUGGUUUUGGCCUUUGAUAACCCAGAUGAACAGGACGAUGGCUGGCUCAUGGGCAUGAAGGAGUCGCAGUGGUUGCAGAAUAAAGAAACUUCAACCAAAGGUGUUUUCCCUGAGAACUUUACCCAGAAGGUUUGAUGGUCUCUGCGCUAAACUCAGCCACGAUGCGUGAUCGUCACAUCAACGUCUACACACUACCUGACUGGACCCAGAAAUGUGCACUGAAAGACAACAUCUCAUACGAUCACCAAUAAACGGAAACUGUGCCUGUUUAAGCAAAGUUAAGAGAAUUUGGUUUUACUGUGACCCUUUGGUCAAAUUGUUUUUAUUUGUUGUUCCAAAGGUGACCCCUUGUUUCCACAUAUGUGUGCUUAUGUCAUUUAGUCAGAAAUCCAUUAAUUCUUAGAGAAUUCCUUCUCCUUCACAAUUUAUCCAAGUACAAAAAACCCCCAAAACUUUACAUUUUGUGCUGGACUGUGUGUGAACAAACUGCACCGGGAAGUUGGAACAACAGGUUAACAACUAAACUCCUGUUAAACUGACAGUUUAAUUCAAAUGAUGGAAAGUUUCGUAAGGUACUAUAUAUAUAUAUAUAUAUAUAUAUAUAUAUAUA